AUGUCUUUUCUUGAUCAGAAAAAGCGAAAAAGUCCGCAUCUUCCUUUGACAUCAUUGAAUAUCCUUAAGAAACAGUAUGAGAGCAAACAAGUCCAAAGAGAAAACUACGAUACCAAACAAUCUAGCAUUUCCUCUCAAGAAAUUUGUUUGGUUUAUCUCAUCAAAAAGGCCAAAGAAAUAGUGUCAGGCUGUAACUCUGAUCAGAGCUCUGAUUAUUUUCCUGAUCUUAAUAGCCCUUCUCUGCAUUCCCAACAGUCAAAUGAUCUUGAGCUUGCCAUAAGUCUCCAAGCUGCUGCCUUUCAUUUCUCCAUGCAACAGUUUGUUCAGGCAAGAAAUCUGCUCAGUAUUUGUCGAAAUUCUGCUUCUCCUAAAGGCAAUCCGCUUCAGCGAUUGCUCUAUUACUACACUGAAGCUCUCCAAGAGCGUAUCUUAACAGAGAUGGGGGAAUCUGAGGAAGUGAUUCUACAAGAAGAAGACAAAACAGGCAAAACAUCAUUUGAAGAAACUCUUUCAAACUUGCAGAACAUAACGGUGGAUAUGCAGGAAUCAUUACCUUUUUGUCGGAUCAAUCAAUUCACAGCAAUUCAAGCGAUCCUGGAAAAUGUGGGAUCAUCCAGGAAACUUCAUCUGGUGGAUUUAGGAAUCAAAAAUGGAUCACAAUGGCCGAUCCUGAUGCAAGCUCUCGCCACCAGGCGCGAAUAUCCCAUUGAAUCCCUCAAGAUAACUGCCAUAGGAUCAUCAAAAGGGAUGAUUGAAGAAAUUGGAAACAACUUGUCAUCAUUUGCUGAGAGCCUGAACAUCCCAUUUGCAUUCAGAAUAGUAGUAUCAGAUUUGAAGAACCUGGAAAUAAAUUUUUUCGAGUUAGCAUCCGAUGAACUGCUGGCUGUAUACUCAGAGUUGCGCCUGGCAACUCUGUUAGCCUGGCCUCAUCACCUGGAAUCUCUGCUGAAAACAUUAAAGAAGCUGAAACCUCGCGUGAUGGUGACAAUGGAAGUGGACUCAAACACGAAUGCGCCUGGUUUCAUGGAUCGAUUCAACGCAUCACUUUCAAUCUCAGCAGCCAUGUUUGAUUGUCUUGAUCAUUGCAUAAAACAAGAAAGUCAGUCUAGAGCAAUUAUUGAAGGUGUCUUCUUGCGCGAAGGGAUUCGUUACCUUGUCACUUCUAAGGGUGAAGAGAGCAUUCAUCGUCAAGAAAGCAUAACAUUUUGGAGAACACUAUUCAAAAGAUUUGGGAUUUAUGAAAUUGCUCUCAGUGAUGAGGCUUUGUAUCAAGCAACACUGAUGGCCAAAAGCAAUCCUCUUUGGAGUUCAUGUACUCUGAAGAGGAAUGGAAAAGGCAUGACAGUUGGGUGGAAGGAAACUCCAAUUCAUUUCCUUGCAGUUUGGAAAUUUUGA